GGCGCACGGAACGAAUAUACGAAACCCCGCCAUGCCGUCCGCAUCCAAGGAAAAGCGCCUCGCCAAGCGAGCCGCUGAAGGCAAAGAGAAAAAAACAGUUGCGUCUCGGUCUAAAGCCAACUCCAAAAAUGCUAGCGCUGCUGGGUCUGUGAACGGCGACGAUACGCCCCCGGUUGAGCUUGAUGCCAAUGGGAACCCAAUCGAAGCAGAUGAGCCCGCUACGUCGGCCGAAAAGAUGGACGAGGUCAAGCGUCUGGCUGAACAGAUGGACAAGCAUGGCCUCUCGGACCGUGUCACUACCGGUGUCCUGGCGUCAACCGCUGCCAGCAAGGACGUCAAAAUCACCAGUGUUAGCUUGGUUUUCCAUGGAAGGGUACUAAUCUCGGAUUCCACUCUCGAGCUCACCCUGGGCCGACGGUAUGGCCUGUUGGGGGAGAACGGCUGUGGCAAGAGUACCCUGCUGAAGGCCAUCGCCGCUCGUGAAUACCCGAUUCCCGAGCAUGUCGACAUCUACCUACUCAACGAGGGUGCUCCUCCAACCGACAUGGGUGCCUUGGAGUGGGUUGUCAAGGAGGCCGAACUUGAGAUGGAGCGCCUUGACAAGCUGGCCGAGAAAUUGCUUGAGGAGGAGGGUCCCGAGUCUCCCGUUCUUAUGGAUCUGUAUGAUCAUAUGGAAAAGAUGGAUCCGUCUACCUUCGCGACCCGCGCAUCCCUCAUUCUGACCGGUCUGGGUUUCAACAAAACCACGAUUCACAAGAAGACCAAGGACAUGUCCGGUGGGUGGAGGAUGCGUGUUGCUCUUGGCAAGGCCCUCUUCGUCAAGCCCACCCUCUUGCUCCUCGACGACCCUACUGCCCAUUUGGACCUCGAGGCCUGCGUGUGGCUAGAAGAGUAUCUGAAGAAGUGGGACCGCACCCUUGUUUUGGUUUCUCACUCUCAGGACUUCUUGAAUGGCGUCUGCACGAGCAUGAUUGACAUGAGGCAAAAGAAGCUCAUCUACUACGGCGGUAACUACGACUCCUACGUCAAGACACGAUCCGAGCAGGAGACAAACCAGAUGAAGGCGUACCAGAAGCAACAGGACGAAAUCGCCCACAUCAAAAAGUUUAUCGCCAGCGCUGGUACCUAUGCGAACUUGGUCAAGCAGGCCAAGUCCCGGCAGAAGAUUUUGGACAAGAUGGAAGCCGAUGGCUUUAUCCAGCCCGUCGUUCCGGACAAGGUCUUUACUUUCCGCUUUGCUGAUGUCGAGAAGCUGCCUCCUCCUGUCUUGUCCUUCGACAACGUCACCUUCUCAUACUCUGGCGACCCCAAGGAUGACUUGUACCGCAACAUUGACCUCGGUUUCGACAUGGACUCGCGUACGGCGCUUGUGGGUCCGAACGGUGUGGGCAAGUCUACCCUUUUGCGCCUCAUGACUGGCAAGCUCUCUCCCACGGCUGGCUCUGUGACAAGGCAUACGCACCUGAAGCUUGGCCUUUACUCCCAGCAUUCGGCCGAGCAGCUCGAUCUCACGAAGUCGGCUUUGGACUUUGUUCGGGAUAAGUACAAGGAGAAGUCUCAAGACUACCAGUACUGGAGACAGCAGUUGGGUCGGUACGGUCUCACUGGAGAUGCACAGACAUCUUUGAUGGGCACGCUAUCUGAUGGCCAGAAGAGCCGUAUCGUCUUUGCCCUCCUAGCUAUUGAGGGUCCUAACAUGCUUCUCUUGGAUGAGCCUACAAACGGCCUGGAUAUUCCUACCAUCGACAGUUUGGCCGACGCUAUCAACGCGUUUAGUGGGGGCGUCGUAGUCGUCAGCCACGAUUUCAGACUACUCGACAAGAUUGCCAAGCAGAUUCUCGUCUGCGAGAACAAGACUAUCAGGCAGUGGGACGGCACGAUAUCUGAGUAUAAGAAUUACCUGCGGAAGAAGAUGAUUUCGGAGGGCGCUGUUUGA